CAUGAUUUGUCCCGCAUUUAGGCGGUGGCGCUGAAACCCAAACACUAAAGUCCACAGCCACAACAACAUUCACUUCAUACAGAAGCAACAUACCCACCAUUCCCAGACUCUGAAUCCAUCAGCUAAACAAGGAAGAACUGCUAAAAAAGGAAGAAGAAAAAAAGAAAAAGAAAAACAGUAUAUGAUUAUUCUUAUUCUGACAUUAAAAAUCUAGACUGGGGUCAAAUUGCAGAUCUGUUUCGGACAAUGUAAGCCAACCCAAAUCCAUCGUUUUCACUGAGCUCAUAGAACACCCAAUAUACAGUCUAUGCUUACUGUUCUAUCAACUGAAAUUGUUAACCUUGCUCCGUUGCGCACACAAAUUGGAAACACAUUGAGACCACAAUCAAUCACAAUGGUAGACAAAAUGCAGACCAGGGCAUCGAGUGCUCGUGUUUUCCGAUCCCGGAUUCCAACGCUCUUGGUCUCCAUGUUCGCCACCUUCGCUUCCAUCUAUGUGGCUGGCCGGCUGUGGCAGGAUUCGGAGAACAGGGUUUAUUUGAUCAAAGAACUCGAUAGGGUUAUUGGGCAGGGGCGAUCUGUCAUAUCAGUGGAUGAUACGUUGAAAAUCAUAGCCUGCAGGGAACAACAUAAGAAAUUAUCAGCUCUUGAGAUGGAGUUGGCUGCAGCUAGACAGGAGGGUUUUACUUCAAUGCGCUCCACAGAGAUUAAUGGAACUGAUUAUAAGAGAAGGCCACUAGUGGUGAUUGGAAUUUUUACAACCUUUGGUCGCAAAAACAAUAGAGAUGCAAUUCGUAAGGCGUGGAUGGGAACAGGUGCUGCCUUGAAAAAAACGGAGAAUGAAAAGGGAAUAAUCGCUCGAUUUGUAAUUGGAAGAAGUGCAAAUCGUGGGGAUAGUUUGGACAGAGCCAUUGACAAUGAAAACAGGCAGACUAAGGACUUCAUUAUUCUUGAUACCCAUGUAGAGGCACCUGAAGAGUUCCCAAAGAAGGCUAAACUGUUCUUCGCUCAUGCUGCUGAAGAAUGGAAUGCUGAGUUUUACUCCAAAGUCAAUGAUGAUGUCUAUGUAAACAUUGAUGCUCUAGGAGCUACACUUGCAACUCAUUUAGACAAACCUCGUGUUUAUAUGGGGUGCAUGAAAUCGGGCGAAGUUUUCUCUGAGCCGAGCCAAAAAUGGUAUGAACCAGAAUGGUGGAAGUUUGGCGAUAAAAAAUCAUAUUUCCGCCAUGCUUCAGGUGAGAUGUACGUCAUAUCUCAAGCUUUGGCCAAAUUUGUUUCAAUCAAUAGAGCUAUACUCCGUACCUAUGCCCAUGAUGAUAUCAGUGUCGGGUCUUGGUUUAUUGGGAUUGAUGUUAAACAUGUGGAUGAAGCCAAAUUUUGCUGCUCCUCUUGGACGGGAGGAGCUAUUUGUGCGGGCGUUUGAUUUGAUUUGCUUUGAGGUUGUGUGAGAAAAUAUCAACCAGAGGCAGAGAGAAGGUCCGAAAGAUAUUUUCGCAUCCCUUAGUGAUGUUUCCAGCCUGCAUGAUGUAGAAGAGCUUGGAGGAAAAAUCCUAGCUCAAAUUGAUAGUUGAUACUGGGCGUCUUGCCCAUCAGAUGAAAUGGGUUUGCCCUCGUAGCAUGGGGACACUGCAGAUAGGGAAGAUGAGAUUUCGACAAAUCAUGCCUAGAAGGACCGAGCUGUAUAGAUUUCAAUUAUACAAAUUCGGAAAGAAUAAUAGAAGGCGUUCGUUAGCAUGCUUUUUUGGUCCUUGGGUUAUCAUUCUUCAUUCAAAGAAAAAGAAAUUUGUGAUUCUUUUUUAUCGA